CUCGGAGAGACAAUGCGACGGUGACAGCAUUGCUUCUCUCUUGUUGUUGAGUACUCUGGAGUACAUGUUGUUCUUCACCCACAACUUAAUACUCAUGUCUAUAACAUCGUGAAGCUUGCACCAUGAGAAUCCCAAGUGCUGUGGUCGUUGGUGCCAUUGUAUCCCCAGUCUUGUUGGCCUCGCCAUCGAGGGCGUUUUCGUCGCCGUCCCUGGCAACAACGAGCAGACCUGCAGCUCGGCCGUCACAAUUGUGUUUGUCGAAUGCUGUCGCAGACUUUCUGAGUCCUUUCAAGUCGCUUCUCCCAGAACAACAAUCCAAUAGUCUGCCUGUCGUCAAGCCCAACAACAACCGCGACAAUAAUGUUGCUGUUCAGUUUUUUGAAUAUCUCAAUGACAACAACCUGGAUGCGGCAUUGGAGUUGAUUUCGGAUAGUGAAGAGGUGGAGUGGGACGAAUGCACCUUUUACCAGACCUGUAUUGGCAAGCAAGCCGUAGAACGACGACUCAGAUUGCAGAGUGAGACUACAAGCUUUCGAGAACGUUCCAUUUGCGUGGAUAAUGUGGCCGUCGAUGGGACACGAAAUACCAUUGGCGUGCUCUUUCACAGAAAUGACAAGAAGACGGGGACGACGAUACCCAACAGCCGUGGUUGUGCCAUGUUUCAACUACUGGAAGGACAACAACAACAGCCAAAGAAGAUACAACGCGUCGUUCUCGUGACAGAACCAACCGUUCGCGGUGGAGAGACCGGGCUGAACAUUUUGAGUCAAGCGAGCAAAGUGAUGGACGUCACAGGAUACAAUCCCGAGGCAAUCGAACAAGAGUCUAGAAGAAAAACGCGACAACCAACAACAAAAUCAACCACAAAGGCUCCCUUGUCACCUCCAGAACAGUACUUUGAUGCAUGGAAUCGCCGUGACAUGACAGCGGCAGUGCAGGUCUUUGCAGACGAUAAUAUAAAGUACGAAGAUACAGCCUUUCCGGAACCCUUUGUCGGAAAACAAAAGCUGAAAGAACACUUGAUCAAGUGCUCCAACGCCUUUCCGGCAAGUUUUCAAAUUGUCAUUGAUACGGUGGCGAUCGACACGAAUUCCUGUUCUGGCAUGGCAGAGUGGCAUUUCGAAAAUGGAGAGGGAGAAGCACUCCCAUUUACGCAAGGUUGUUCUUUUUACAAACUCGACAACAAGGCACAAAAGAUUGUGGAAGGCAUUGAUUUUAUUGAACCUGCCGUGGUAAAACCAUCCGGCCUGUCAAUGUUCACGGAUUCUCUGGCCACAAAAUUAUCGCAGGAACCGGUUCGCUGGAUACCCGUACUCUCCUGGGUGGCAUACAUGUACAUUGUGUUCUUGUCGGACGGGAUCUUACCUGGCGCCAACGCAUUGCAAUUGGAAGCGCGCACAUGGGAAGAAGUCCUGAACCUGUCUCUCAACUUUUUCUUGGUGUCACCGCUGCUUCACUUGCCAUUCUCUCCAUCGGUGCAUCCAAUGUUGGAGGGAGUCUUCAAUCUGUUGCUGUCGUGGGCUGCCAUGUUUGCUGGCUUUCUCAGCGACGAGCGACCUCGCAAACCCAAUCUGCUGCCCAUGUUUCCCAUUGUGGUGGGGAUGCAAUUCUUGACGUCGGCCUUUUUGUUGCCCUACUUGGCAGUUCGUUCCAGUGAGACAACAACAUCCAUCAGUGACGCAGCAGCGGUGACCAAAGAGGAACUGCCCGUGGUAGCACAAGUUGCUGGAGAAAGCCCCGUCUUGGGAGCUUUGAUGGGGUUGGUGGGAUCCGGGUCCAUCCUGUGGUUCUUUCUGGGUCGGGCAGAAGAGUACGGUGCAGACUUUGCUGUGAGAUAUGCCAGCUUUUUGGACCUGCUGAGUAUUGAUCGGGUCGGCUCUAGUUUCCUCGUGGACCUGGCCAUAUUUGCGGCAUUCCAGGGGUGGCUAGUCGACGAUGAUCUGAAGCGACGAGGAGUCAGCGAUGGUGAACUGGCGCUCUUGGAACGAGUAGCCAAGUACGUGCCUUUCUUUGGUCUGGCAGCCUACUUGGUGCUGCGACCAAGCCUCCCGGAAGAAACAGGGAACCGCUACCAGUAGCUAUAGCUGGACGUCAAUCUACCCCCGUUGGAAAAUCUAUUAGCUAGAUCAUACCUGCUUUUGCUCUGAGCAAGGUUGUUAAAAAGCAAGGCCUUGUGCAUACGGUUUAGGGAGUAUGUAGUGCC